GUUCCUUAGGCUGCUUCGAACGUACAGGAUGGAUCAACCAAGACUGGCAUCAUUAUCCCUAACACAUGUGCAUUAUAACCCCGAAGACCCAGUGUCAUUCGCCUCUGCAUGGCUUGCUCUGGUUCCACAGGCCCUAUGUGUUGUUUAUGUGUCUCUCAUUUGGGUAUCCAGAGAGGUAGAAGUGUUGUUGAUGUUUGCUGGGCAGCUCGGCUGUGAAGCUGUGAAUUUCGCUUUGAAGAGAGUGAUCAAGGAAGAGCGGCCGCAGCGUAAGUUCUGCUGCGAGGACGAUCCAGUGCUCAACACUAAUGGACUCGGAUAUGUAGAGAUGUACGGAAAGGACUACGGCAUGCCAUCCUCUCAUGCGCAAUUUGUCGCAUAUUUCGCCGUGUACCUGUGUCUUUUUCUUUUCUUCCGACGUACACCCGCUCAACCGAGCUCCCGGGCAGGGGCCAAGUCUCUUGAACGAGUAGCAAUGUCCUUUGUAUUCUGCUUCGGCUCUGCUCUUGUGGCUGCCAGCCGCAUUUAUCUGAACUACCACACUCCUAAACAGGUACUAGCGGGAUGCGCAGCUGGAGCUGUAUGUGCCGUUUCCUGGUUUUUUGCCACGGACUUCCUCCGAACAGCUGGCUGGAUCGAUCGGGCCCUGAAUUUGGCGAUUGUUCGAUUCGCCAGAGUUCGAGAUUUGGCUAUUAGCGAAGACCUGGAUGAGGCCGGGUGGCAGCGAUGGGAAGCAAGACGCAAGUCGAGGCGUCAUGGUUGCAGUGAUCCUGCGUCGUCUAAGUCUGACUGAUAAGUUAUGUCUAUUGAUGACAUCUGUCUUGUGUCUUAUAUGCUACACUUUUUGCUUAACUUCAUCAUAUUAUAUAUUGAAGCUAUACGGUGCCAAGACCGUAUUCAUAGGCAGUUCCCUACUACGACAAACCGUACGAUCGUCCCAAUGAUCAUACGGUCCCCGGCCAAUAGCGA